AUGAUGAAUUUUGGCACAACAUGUGAAAUAGGAAAAGGAACAGGAGCAGAGGAAGAAGAAGAAGAAGAAGAACAAGAACGUUUUUACCGCAAACUAGAGGAAUUAAAAUGCUUGAGAAAAAUAAAGGCAAAGGAUUUGAUAAGUAAUUAUUUGAUUUACUUAGUUUUGUUUGUUCAGAAAAUUUUGGAAAAAAAUGAAGAAUCCAAAAUUUUAACCGAACUUAAAAAUGAAGAGAGGAAAAAAGAAUUAAUAAAAGAAAAUAUCGGGAAAAUAAAAGAGAAAUUAAAGGGGAGUAAAAAUGGGUCUCAAAUAAAAGCAGAGGAAAUACAUUAUAACCAUCACGAACAUUAUCGGCAGAGGGGAUUACAUGAACAAGGAGACGAUAAAAAGAAACUAAAAGGAAAAUCAAAUUCCCCUAAAGGUGAUAAAAGCAGUAAUGGAGGUGAUAACAGUAACAGAGGUGGUAACAACAUCGGCGGAGUUAAUAUCAGUCAUAACGGCACUUGUAACAACAACCACAGUAGUACUAAUGAUGGGAAGAAGUGCAAGUUGGUGAACAUUUGCAAUGACCUUACAUGCGCUUUUCAUUUUUGUGUGUUACUACUAGUUAGCAAUUUGAAGGAGGAGAAAGAAAAUGAAAAAAAGGGGCAUUCAGUUUCUGAAAAAAGAAUGGAUGGUAUAUUUAGUGUUUUAGAAAGGCACAGUGAAGGGGAAGACGACGAUAAUGAUAGUGGUAUCUAUAGUGGUAUCUAUAGCGGUAUCGAUAACAAUGGCAAUAAGAAUAACAACAGCGGUAAAGGAAACGUUAGUGUAAAAAAGAGUAGUGCUAUUUCUCAGCGGAAAGAAGCAGGGAAACGAUUCCAAAGUGACAGGAGCAGGACAGCUAACAGGCGUAAAUUGCUUUAUCACCUAAACUUGGUAUACAUUUCAGUAUGUUUUUAUAAUAUAUACUUAUUAAAUGAUAAGGACUAUUACUUUUUAUAUAUCAGUUUACUCCUAUUUUUAAAUAAUUUUUCCUAUUUCAAGGACAAAACAAUAAGUCAUUAUAUAUGUAUGAAUAAAAAGGUAUAUAUUAAAUAUGACAUAUCUGUAUGUAAAUUUUUAUUUGAUAUAUGUAAAACCAUAGGUGUAAGUUAUAAAAAGAAAAAGAACAUUUACCUCUGUCUAUUCUUUUUAACGUAUAGCUUUUUAUUCUUAAAAAAAUGUAUGAAUAAAAAUGAUAAAUGUAAUAAAGCAGAAUAUACAAAUAAUAGAGAAUUUAACAUGGAGGCAAUUAAUAUUUUUCAACAUAUGAACGAUGUAUUUUUAGAUUUAAACUUUUUUUCAGCCUCUACCUUCUUUGUUUUGAAGAGUAUUGAUAUGCAUUUUUCGCUUUUGAAAAAUGAUAUGGAUAUGGUAUCAGGGGAGGUGGGUGGUGAGGAGAUGGCACAGAAACACGCAAUUCGAGAUGCCACCUCAAAUGGUUAUAACAGCUUAAGGAUGAAUAAGGACAAUGCUCAUUAUUACAUUUUUAGAGAAGAAUGCGGUAGUGAUAAUACAAUGGUAGUAGCCAAGAAGAGGAGUAUUCCCAUGGAUGAAAAAUUAAAGGAAAUAAUGAAUGUUACAAUAUCUCUCUAUAACAAUAUAACUGAGUGCAAUUAUAUAUUUUUAGAUAUGCAUUUGUUGUCCAUAUAUGAACAUCUUGUGUUUGUUUCGUUUUAUAUGAUUAAGGAUGUGUACAAGUUAUUUCAUUCGUUGAAAAAAGAAAAAGAAAAAAAGAUUUUACAGGAAUAUAAAUAUAUGACAUAUAGAAACUUGUUAGAAAUAUAUAUUAUAUAUUUAAAAUAUAAUUAUUUGAAUUAUUCUCAAACAGGUUGUGGUUUGGUUGAUACUUAUACAUAUGUAAAUAAUAUAUACCGAAUUAGUGAAAAGGUAAAAAGAGAAUUUUAUUCUUUAUUGAAAAAUACUCCUACUAAUGAACAAGCGAUGAGUGAACACUUUUCGGAAGAGAUGGAAACAGAUAGAGAAACGUUUUCUAAAAAAUAUUUCGAGGAGAGUAAAAUUUUCAUCUAUGAUAAUACCAUAAAAGUGGAGGAAGAAAUAUCAGUUUUAUAUGACCCGAUAUUAUACAUAAACUACGAUGAUUUGACGAAAAAGAAUGUGUCAUAUUGUGAAGGAGCUCAUGGGUUAUUGCUCAAAAGAAGGGAAUAUAAUUAUAAUGAACACUCUUUUAUCAUAUCAGAUAAUAAUUUUAUCUAUACAUUUUUAUAUGAACAAAUAUUAAAGGAGAAUAAUUUAAGUUUUGAUAAGGAAGAAAUAAAUCAAAUUAGCUUCAUUGUUUCUGGAACUUAUGAAAAGAUGUCUUUUUCAAAGUUCUUUCAAGAGAAUGUAAGAUCGAUCGAUGAAAUUGUGGAAGCUAUUUUUAAUCUUAUUGAAAAGGAAAAAUCUUUCGAAACUUGUACUAAUGUUAGUAGUGAUGGUACAAUUAACAUUGACAUUGAUAUAAAUCAUUGCAAAGAAUUCUUUCAAAUAUUUCAUUUUAAUAAGAUUACGUUAGAACAUAUGAAAUUUAAUGUGUGUAAUUUCUGCUAUUCUAAAUAUAAUAAUUUAGCAAUUAAUAAGAUGAAAAAGAUGUAUAAAAAUUUCUCAAAGUGUCGGGAUAAUAAUCGGGAAUACGAAGAAUUAGCAUCGAAGUCAGCAAAUAAUGUACAAGAGGAAAAAGAGAAUAACUGGAUGAGUUAUUAUUCCAUUCAUAAUAAUAUUCACUAUUUAUGUUACAACUAUAAAGAAAUUGCAUUUUUAUUUAAAAAUGUAAAGAAAUAUAAAAAGAAAAGUUUUGAAUAUUUUUCUUUAUUUAAUCAGACAACUAUACACUUAGAUAUUUUAUUAAAUUCAAGUGAAGCAUAUUUUUAUUUCAAUUUUUUUACAAAAACAUUUGAUGAGUACAUAAAAAAUUAUAUGAACAUGUUAAGCUCCAUUAGCUACCCUUUAAAGUAUAUUGAACAUAAACAAUACUUAUCAUAUAAAAGAGAAUUAACCUUAAAAUGUGCCUUAUUGUUAAAGGAUAUUUAUAUAUGUAAAAAAUGCAACACACUUAAUGAAAAUAUUUAUUUUAAAUCUGUUAAUAAAAAUAAAAAUUUAAAUUUCGAUGACAAUAUCUUUGGAAUUUUAACCACUGAGCAGAAAAACAUAAUAUGGCAAAUAUUAAAAUAUUAUUUCUCUUUUUUAAAUACUUAUCCCAUUGAUAAAGAAACAACAAAUGAAGUCCUCUUUGAAAACGAAGAGGAAAAAAAAUCAUACUUUGAUAUUUAUUUUUAUGCUUGUAAAACCUUAUCAACGGUUGAAGACAAAAUGUUUUUAACUCAAGCAGUACAUCAUUACCAAUAUUUAUUAAAUUAUUCUUUGAAAAAUAAAAUGUAUGAAGAUGAAAAGUACAACGAGUAUAUGCAAAAUGUCUGUAAAAAAUCUCUCUAUGUGUUGCAGGUAAAGCUAAGCGACAUUGGCUAA